GGUGACGUCGGCGCGUGUGACGCCAUUGCGCGGAACUGCAUCUUUGUUCGCGCAGUCUCGGUGAAGGAGCGCGACGUGUUUUUUUCGUUCCGCAAAUUGCAUUUGCUGUGCAGUAUUAUUUUCCACACAAUGGCACGAAUCAGACGGCCCGUGUGUACGAAUAAGCGCUGGAGGAGUGGACCUUUCGUGCUGGCUUUGGUGACGUUUUGGUGCAGAGCCUCGGCCCAGAUCAGAUACUCCAUUUCGGAGGAGGCGAAAGCGGGCAGUGUUGUUGGAAACGUCGCUAAAGAUUUGGGACUCGACAGGAGUGCGCUCAAAACUCGAGAUUACCGUAUUGUCGGGAGUGGGGCGGAACCUCUUUUCCACGUGAACGCAGACGACGGCGUCCUGUACGUGAGCAGAAAGGUGGACAGGGAAGAGGUAUGCGAGAGAGGUAACGCUUGUGUGAUCAACCUCAAAACCGUGUUGGAGAACCCUUUGGAAAUUCAUUAUGUGGCCAUUGAGGUGAUAGACGUCAAUGACCAUGCGCCAGUGUUUCCAGAGAAACAAAAAAGACUGGAGAUACUGGAGUCCACAUUGCCAGGGGCGAGGUUCCAGCUCCAGCCGGCCAGGGACGCAGACGGCGGCCAGUUUUCAGUACAACAAUACAAACUGAGCAACAGUGACCACUUUCGUUUGGAGGUGAAGGAGAGGGGGGAGGGUAAGAUGCCCUUUCUGAUUCUACAGAAGCAGCUGGACAGGGAGGCUGGGAAGGAGCACCGGCUUGUGCUCACCGCUGUAGACGGUGGCCGGCCGGCAAGAUCUGGAACAAUCGACAUUAUUGUUGCUGUGCUUGAUUUUAAUGACAACGCACCAGUUUUCACAAAAGAUGUUUAUUCGGCUGUUUUAAAUGAGAAUGCACCUGCUGGAACAUUAGUGAUGCAGGUCAAUGCGACGGAUUUAGAUGAGGGGGAAAACGGAGAAAUCAUUUACUUGUUUGGCAAAGAAGGGGACGCGCAUUUGCAAGAGCUGUUUAAUAUUAAUCCAAAGACUGGCGAAAUUAAAGUAGCAGGUCAAAUAGAUUUUGAAAAAUGUCAUAGUUAUGAACUUGACAUCCAAGCUUCAGAUAAAGGGACAUUCCCUUUGUCCACUGACAAAACUGUGACAAUAAAAAUCAUAGAUGUAAAUGAUAAUCCUCCUGAGAUUGAUGUGACAUCAUUUUCAAAAUCAGUCCCAGAGGACUCAAGGAUUGGAACAACCGUAGCUCUAAUAAGUGUCCAUGAUUUGGAUUCAGGCAGAAAUGGUAAAAUUUCUUGCUUUACAAAUGAAGACAUCCCUUUUGUUAUUUCUCCAUCCUUGCAAGAUAAUUUCUAUGCAGUCAUGACAAAAUCACAUUUGGACAGAGAAGAGAAGUCUUUUUAUGAGAUCAAGAUAGUUGCAAAGGAUGGUGGUGAGCCAUCGCUGUCAUCAGAAAAGACAAUCAGUGUGGUUGUCUCGGACGUGAAUGAUAACACACCUCAAUUUUCACAGAAUCCAUAUACUUUUUAUGUCAGUGAGAAUAAUGUGCUGUCUGCGCCUGUAUUUUCAGUCAGGGCAUCUGAUCAUGAUGAGGGUGAAAAUGCACAAAUCUCUUAUCACAUCUACAGGAACAGUAGUGACGGCACUGGUUUGUUUUUGAACAUUAACUCUGUGACAGGAAGUAUCGUGGCGCUAAAAAGCUUUGACUUUGAGACACUGAAAAGUUUCAAUUUCCAAGUGGUGGCCACCGAUGGUGGAAGUCCUCCACUCAGCAGCAACGUGACAGUGAAAGUGUUCAUUCUGGAUCAGAACGACAACGCUCCAGUCAUCCUGUAUCCAGUCAGCUCCAACGGUUCUGCCGAAGGGGUGGAGGAAAUUCCCCGCAACCUGAAAGCAGGAGACUUGGUGACUAAAGUCCGAGCCUAUGAUGCCGAUAUCGGAUAUAACGGCUGGCUGCUGUUUUCGCUGCAGCAAGUGAGUGACCACAGUCUGUUUUCUUUGGAUCGCUACACUGGCCAGAUCCGAACACUUCGCUCCUUCACGGAGCCAGACGAGGCUGAGCAUCGGCUGCUCAUCCUGGUCAAAGACAACGGCAACGUUUCGCUCUCGGCAACAGCCACUGUGAUCGUCAAGCUUGUGGAGCCCAAAGAGGCUUUUGCAGCGUCUGAUGUGAAAAGUGCAGCAAAAGUGGACGAGGAGGACAACGUGACUUUUUAUCUCAUCAUCACUUUGGGCUCAGUGUCGCUCCUUUUUGUCAUCAGCAUCAUCGUGCUGAUCGCAAUGCAGUGCUCCAAAUCCACAGAGUACACUUCCAAAUAUCUGCAAGACGCCAAUUAUGAUGGCACACUGUGUCACAGCAUCCAGUACAGAUCAGGAGACAAGCGCUACAUGCUAGUUGGGCCCAGAAUGAGUAUCGGUUCAACCACUGUCCCGGGCAGCCACGCCAACACUCUGGUGCUCCCUGACAGGAGGCACACUUCGGGGGAGGUAAGGCAAAAAUUGACUUAGUUACAUUUCUGGCGUCCCCUAAUUUCUAAGUCUUUGACCUUAAAAAUGUCAUGAAUACCUGUUGAUGUUUUUGACCCUUUCGGGAGGGAAGCUUUGUUUGAUUCAGGCAAUGAUAUGCAUGUAAUAUAGAUGAUUUUACUUUAUUAUUAUUAUUAAUAUUAUUGUCAUUGCGAGGUGC